AUGGCAUCACGCUCGGCGUCAUUCGAUAGACGCACACGCUCCGAUGACUCCUGGGUCGAGAUCUCAUCGCAACCGUCGUCGUCGAGUUUAUCUUCGAUCAACGAUGAGAUACAAACCGCUGGUCUACGGGUGCAACACGAUACUAGGGCGAAGCGCCGCCGGACAAUCCGGCCUGGCGCUCCUUCACACCUUCAUAUCUCGCAUCCUCCGCUUAGCGCUGGCAGCACAAGCAGCCAAGAGGAGUACGAGGAGAGCGAGAGUGAGUCGGACAGGGUCAUGACGUCCUCUGGCGAAGGUCCACAUAUUCGUGGGCUUUCGCUUCCUGCAAGCUUCAGCCCUGCGAGUGCGCCUCAGACCGAUGACGAUGAUGACGAGAACCGGACGGCGAUCAACUGCCCCGUCAACAACGACACCUGCUUCACUCCCCAACCGAACGCUUUCUCCCAUCCGCCCACCAGCGAGCAGAUGAGGCACGCUAGUGCGCCCGUGCCAGGCUCAUACUUCCCAGCCCAGCGACAGUCAUUGCGACCGACACCAAGACAGCCUGCUUUCGCGCAGCAGGAGCGUCAGAGUCAUCUGCCUCAGAACAUACUGUCACCAUCCUACAAUGCGGCAGCACAGCAUGACGAGGCUCUACGGGCAAGCUUGUCUACUCUCCUAUCGUGCGCAGCUGCCGCGCGAGGCCUGUCCAAGGCCGACACAAAGCAGCCACAGACAGCAACGACUGCCACCCAGGUGCGCAGCAACCGCGUGGAGCCGAUUUCGUUCCGUCUAGUGCCAGAGUCAGCAGUCCCAGUAGCAUCACCACCAUUUCAAGAGCCGACAUUCCAGCCCACAAUCCGUCGCACGUCCACUUCAACGUCAGCAUCUUCCGAGCAGCUGAAAGAGCACAAACGCAAGGCAGGCGCCGGCGGCCGAAGUUCGAGCCGUGAGCGGCGAGCAUUGAAGAAGGCACGACGCUCGGCUUCGAGCGAAGAUCUCUAUAUCACGCCUACGCUACUGACAUGGGUUGUCUCUGCUGGAGUCGUUGUGUUUCUGAGCGCGCUCAGCUUCAGUGCGGGCUACAGUCUUGGCAAGGAAGCCGGGCGCGUGGAGACGGGUGGGUUUGCAGGGGACGAGCAGAUUCGGAGUUGUGCGCGGGAGGCGAGUCGGACGAGUUUGGGUCUGAAGAGGAGCUUGGCAAGGAGUGCGGUGCAGGUUUAG